UUCUGAUGAGAGUGUGAAUACUAUGAUAUUUUGUGUUGUGAUUGCAGCUGCAGGCGGCGGUGGUAGAUCCAGGUCAACACGUUUGGAGGUCGGGCUGAGUCAGGAGAACAGACUCGGGAGUGUGGACGAUCCCGAGGCCGAGAGCGUGUCUGUGAAAGAGCGCAUGGCCAUGUAUCAAGCUGCUCUAUCCAAGAAGGAAACCACUUCUGCUAUGAUGGAUGAGUCAGAGGCCUGCUCGCUGCCCGGUGGCCUUGCUAGUGUAAAGAGACAGUUCGAGAGCCAGGAGUUUGCAUCCUCCUCCUCCCAUUCCACGGUUACACACGUGCAGUACCAGCAGAGAUCGGAAAUGUCAAGCUCCUCAGAGGUAACAGUAAGAAGCAGUGCCAGGGAAGCGGUGCCCACUACAACUAUUUUUCACAAUCAACAAGAGGUCAUUCAUGAUCAAAGGGUGGCUGCUGGGUAUGGAAACCAUUACAACGAAACAGUUAUGCUCGUCGGAGGAGAGGACCUACCAAAGGUUUCCGCGCAGGCUUUGAAGCAGCACUAUGAGAAAACUAUAGAGGAAGCAGCACCAGCCAAAGAAAUUAAGGUUGAUGUGGAUUUAAACCAGUUUCAAUGGGCUCCAAUUAAACACUCUACUGAAGCAGCAGUUAUGACAAGCUGUGAGUCUUCUUCCACUGUCAAAACUUCAUCUGCAACAUUUGAAGGAGAGGACAGUUUCCCCCCACCCCCUCCUCCUAACUUUCAGCAAGUUUCUGUGGAGUCCAGUAAGCAAACCUCACAAAAUAAAGCUAUUAAAGAGCAGUAUUUUAAACAGAAGAGCAUGGCUGAAUUAAAGCGACUUUACAAGCACAUUAACCCGGAUGUCCGCAAGAACCUGGAGGUCGACUUCUUGAGCCAGCUCAGCGAGGCAGAGAGGCAGCAUUUGGAGAGUGGAGAAGUAGCAGGGGAUGUCCAGCAAGCUUGUUAUAAGUUUGAAUAUGAGGGGAACAGUGAGUGCUCUAGCCCAGACAGAGAGUCUGUAGAGUGGGACGAAAUUCUCAAGGGGGAAGUGCAGAAUAGACGCUGGUUGUUUGAAAAUCAACCACUAGAUACAAUAAAAGACGACACGCCUGAUGAAAAUGAAAGAAAUAUAACUCAACAGGAAAUUAUUUCUGGUAAGGAUGUCAGAUUAACAGCUUGGAUGUUUGAAACGCAGCCAAUAGAUUCUCUUGGGAAUGAGACAACUGAAUCAAAUGAGCUAACAGAGAAAAAUGGGGAUCUUGCAAGAGGUGAUGUACGCACUGCUACUUGGCUUUUUGAGACCCAGCCACUCGACUAUCUGAAUAAAAUCUAUCAAGAAGACGAGGUUGAGACAGAUGGUAUGAUAACUAAAGAUAUUACGGGAGGAGAUGUGAAGACAGCGAGAUAUCUAUUUGAAACACAACAUUUGGAUUCUCUUGGUAGAACUGAAACUAUAGAGGAGAGUCACUUUCUCAAUCUUAAAUCAGAGCUGGAAGAGAUUAAAGGGGACGUCAAGACCACCACUCGAAUGUUUGAAACUUUGCCUAUGUGUGUGAUCAGAGGAGAGUCUGGGGAGAUGCUGCAGAUUACUACUAUACGCCGGGAAGAGACAGAGAAGGGAGAUGUGAAGACCUCACGUUGGAUGUUUGAGACACAACCAAUAGACAUGAUCAACAAGGACCCAGCGAAGGUGAAGCUCAUCUGUGGUAUUUCUAUGGAGGACAAUAUCCAAGGGGGUGUUAACAAAGGAAGAUGGCUGUUUGAAACAAAAACACUUGAUUCAAUUAAGGAUGAGGAAUGGGAGAGUUCAAAGAAACAAAGGGAGGAAAUAAUUGGUGCUGAUGUGAGGAGGCACUGUGAGGUGUUUGAGACACAGCCUAUGGACACUCUGAAAGAUAACACCAAUGCUAGGCCACUACCAUCUGAAGAGAUUGUUGGAGGAGAUGUUCAAUCAGCAAAAUAUCUGUUUGAAACUGUCCCCAUGGAAAAUCUCAAGGAACUGCGGGAAGUGGGGAAACUGAAGAAAAUGGUAGCCUCUGAGGAAGAGAAAGGUGACGUGAGACAUCAAAGAUGGGUGUUUGAAAGUCAGCCUCUAGAGAAUAUACGAGAGGACAAGAAGGAGAUCACACGGACCGUGAAUAUUGAGGCUCUCGACAAAGGAGAUGUGAGCAACUUUAAAGAAAGGUUUGAAACUAUGGAUUUAAGUAAAUGUGAAGGUGCACAAAGAAUCCAAGUCGAAGGCGUCACAAGUGGAUCAGUCAAAUCCAACAAAGUGCUCUUUGAAUCAACUCCUAUGUAUGCGAUGCAGGACAGCGCUGGCCAUUAUCAUGAGGUGAAAACUGUGAGGCGUGAGGAGAUUGUGAAAGGAGAUGUGCGGAGCUGCAGAUGGAUGUUUGAAACACGGCCUAUUGACGAAUUUGAUGAAAGUAUUAAUAAAUUUCAGAUUAUAAAAGGCAUUUCAAAAGAGGAAAUUCAGUCAGGGGAUGUGAAAACCGCCAAGUGGUUAUUUGAGACGCAGGCACUGGAUACUCUGAAAUUUGAAGAUGAAGAGCACAAAACUAAAGAAGAAAUUCAUAUUGAGAGGGGGGAUGUGAAAACCUGUAGAUGGCUUUUUGAGACUCAGCCAAUGGAUGUGUUAUAUGAAAAAGUGGAAAAGAGUGAGACAGACGUGGAAGUACAAAAGGGCGAUGUCAAAACGUGCACUUGGCUGUUUGAAACCCAGACACUUGAUAAUAUCCGUGAUCAUACAGAAUCAGAAGAGACCAUAUUAACCACCUGCACUGUGAAGCAAGACGAUAUACAAGGAAAGGAUGUCCGCCUCGCUCGCUUCCUCUUUGAAACAGAAAAUCUUGAUAAUCUCUCUGGCUCCGACUCUUUUCGCAGAAUCACAAAAAUUGACAUCCAGUCCGGCGAUGUUUCAAGAAUGAAGUAUAUCUUUGAAAAUCAGUCUUCUGACAUUAUGAGCUCAACAUCGGAGGAAACAAUGCAAAAGUUGAAAACAAUGCAAGCAGAGGACAUACAGCGUGGCAAUGUGGUUAACUGCACGUGGAAGUUUGAGACGCAGCCAAUUGAUGCUAUUCGUGAGGACGUGGAUGAGACAAGAGAAACACGCACUGUCACAGAUGUGCAGGGGGGCGAUGUCGACAAAGGCCGGUUUAUUUUUGAAACAUAUUCACUGGAUCAGAUAAAAGAGGAGUCAACAGAAACUGAAAUAUCUAAACUUACGAGUAUUUUGAGAAAUGAGAGAGAGAAGGGAGAUGUGAAGAAUUAUACAAUGAUGUUUGAAACUCAACCACUUUAUGCUAUUUGUGAUAAAGAAGGCCACUAUCAUGAAGUAACAACAGUCACGAAGGAGGAAAUUAUGAGAGGAGAUGUGGUGGGGGCCCGGUGGCUUUUUGAGACAAAGCCACUCGACUCAAUUAGGAAUUCAGAAGAGGUCUAUGUUAUAAAAGCAGUGACCGAAGAAGGCAUCAACAAAGGAGACGUUAGCUCUGCCAGAUGGAGGUUUGAAACUCAGCCACUUGAUGAAAUUACAGAAGACAUAAAAGAAAGGUCAAAAACAGUUGCAGACAUCCAAGGUGGUGACGUUAAGACAAACAAACAACGUUUUGAAACAGACGACAUAUCUCAAAAGUACAUCAGAACUGUAAGUGUAAGCGAGAUUCAGAAAGGGGAUGUCAGGUCAGCAACAUGGAUGUUUGAAACCCGCACAAUUGAUGAGAUCCGCGGAGAUGGAAAUGAAUAUGACGACAUGGAGCGGGUGACAAAGGAGGAAGUGAUGAAAGGGGAUGUCAAACAGUCCGUGUGGCUCUUUGAAAAACAGCCCCUCGACAAAAUCAAAGAGAAUGACGGAGCUGGGCCCGCUGUUACCAAGGAGGAGAUUCCACAGGCCGACGUGAAGACAACAACAUGGCUAUUCGAAUCCACACCUUUCCAUGACUUCAAUGAAAGCUGUGUGGAAAAGAAAGAAAUCGUGGGGAAAAGUGUCAAAGAAACACUUGAAGAGCUAUAUAGUCAGAAAAUGGUGGAAUCACAAGGCAUUCUGAUUGAGGCUGAUGAGAUUGGUGAUGUGCGUAUGGCCAAGUACAAACUGCUGAACCAGGAUGCUCCGGAAAUUCAAAAGGAAGAGGUUAUUCACGGGGACCUGAACAAUAUUAUGAUGAACCUCCUGAACCGCAGGGAGACCACUGAGAGGGCUAUAACUAUUGACAAGGAGGAACGGGGGGACAUCAACACCACAGUCAGACAGUUAUUCAACCAGGAAAAAGGAAUCAAUGUAGAGAAGGAGGAAAUUAUCCGCGGUGACAUUCAAGAGGCUAUAAACAAUCUGCUCAAAAGUGAAGGCUCGUCCAAGCGUGGCAUUCUGAUUCAAGGGGAUGAGAAAGGAGACGUAAAGAUGACUAUCUAUUCUCUGUUAAACAGGGAAAGUGCGAGCACUGAGAAAGAGGACAUUAUUCAAGGUAAUGUUAGCAAAACACUGCACCGUUUGCUUUCAAACUCGGGAGCGGAGGACUCGAAGAAGAUAAAAGUUUUAGAUACGGAGAGAGGAAAUGUUAGUUUUUACUCCACGUGCAUUGAAUCAGGAGCGCUGGAUUACUUGAAACAAUUACAGUGUGACCCAGAUGAGAGUGGAGAAAAUGUGGAAAAAGAGCGUAUCAUUGGCGGCGACAUUGAAGAGACAAAAAUAUUGCUGCGAAGAAAUCAGCAACAAAUUGGCCGUACAGUAGCGGAGCAUGAUAUAGUUCCUGGGGAUGUACACAGCACUGUAAAAGUCUUUAUGACCGAGCCCACUGUCAGCUAUAAAAACCUGGAAAAAAGGGACAUUGUUAAAGGCGACCUGAAUGCAGCCUUGGAUUCUCUAACCCAAGCCAUCAAUCAGAAAGUAGUUAUUGAGAAGGAGGAGGUAGUGAAAGGAGACCUUCCCACCACGCUGAGAUCUUUAGAAGAAGCCCAGCAUCAAGCCAAAGAAAUGGAAAAGCCUGAAAUUGUCAGGGGAGAUAUCAAAAGUGCUCUGGAGUCACUGGAGAAAUCUGCUGCCGUUAAAACAGAAGCAACAGUUGAUGACUUGGUGGCAGGGGACAUUAAAGGAACUCUGCGAUCCCUGGAGGAGGCGACUCAAGUUGUAAGGGAAGUGGAAAAAGCAGAGAUUGUUAAAGGAGACAUCCACACUGCCAUGCAAAGUCUGCAUGAGGCCACGAGCGAAAAGAAAAUUUACCAGCACCAAGUGAGUGAACAAGGGGAUGUUAGGGGGACAAUACAACUGCUGCUAGAGCCAUCGACCAGCCCGAGAAUGCAGCGCAGAGGGAGCAUUGAAGGGGAUGUGAAAACCUCUAUAAAGUCACUCUAUGAGGGACAAGAAGCAGCACAGAUUGAAAAGGAGGAGGUCGUGAAAGGAGACGUUCAAGGGGCAAUCAAGUCUCUCAUGGAAAGGAAACAAUACACCAAAGUAAAACGAAUGUACCCAAAGAAAACAAAAGUGAGCGUAAAAAAUCCAUCAAGUGCAAAGCAGCCAGAGCAUGAAGCUAAGAGUGAGAGUGAAGCAGCAGUCAAUGUGGCCCCCGCUGUGAAAAACCUCUCACAGAGCACUGAGUCACAGAAGCACGUACACAAGCACAAGGAAAGCAAAUUGGUGAAAACAGAGGUAAUAACCCAAGAGGAGCACUCCGCAGCUGCAGCCAAAACAGACAGCAUUCAUGAGACCUCUCAGAAGACCAACAUAAAAGAACAAAAACAGAAAACAAUGCCCCCGCAGAAAUCACAGGCCCCUAAGCCCAUUAUGAUAAAGAAUAAACAAAUGGCUAAUAAAGAUCAAACAGAGAUUAAAGCCACAGAUGUGAAUUUGAUGAAAGAAGAGCAGAAUGUAUCACAAACAACCAUUUCUACAAAGACAAUCACACAGGUGAAAACUUCAGUCACAGAGAAGACGGUCUCGCAGAAGCAAAAUGUGACCGAGCAAAUGUCAGCAACAUCGCAAAAGCAAAUAGAGGAGAAGGCUCUGGCACAGAAGCAUGAAAAGAAAAUCAAAAACACAAAAAGUGAUAACCCUAAUCCUAACCCUAAUCCCAACGUGAAAGGGAAAAUUCUAAUCAAAAAGCCCAAGCCUGAGAUCCACUUCCCUCCGCCGCCUGUGUCUCCUCCCCCUCCUUCAGAGUCAGAGCUGUCCCUGCCUCCUCCACCCUCACCUGUAUUGGAGAGCCCAGUGUCGCCCACAUCUAUGCCUGGUAUGAUGAGGCGGGACAGUGACCUACCUCCACCCCCUCCGCCUCCUCCUCCAGUCGAAUGCACUAAGUCCGAACCUGAAUUCUUUCCUCCUCCGCCCCCUCCGCCACCUGUGUCUGCUGUCUCCGAACCUGACUUUCUUCCUCCUCCUCCCUCACAGCAGGAAUUAAAUGCAAUGCCCAAGCCUUCUAUAGCCAAGUUCGGAAAACCCACUGGCAAGCCCUUAUUUAAAGUUCCCAAACCGGCAGAACCACCAAAACCCGUACAAAUUAAACCAACAUGGAAGAAGAAACAGGAAAUCCCUCCUCCUCCCCCUCCUCCACCACAGCUGCCUCCAGAUCAAGAAAUAUCAGUGGAGUGUAAAGAAGAAGCUAAAGUUCAAGAGGUAAAGAAGAUUGAAACAAAACAGCAGAUUGAAGCAAGAAAAGAGUUGCAAUCUGAAUCAACAGUUGUGUCAACAACCAAAAUUCCAGCAUGCAUCCCAAAGCAAAUGCCAAGAGAAAGCCCACAGCCGCCUAAAAAAGUCUUUCCUCCUCCAUUUAAAUUGCCUCCAGCUCCUGAGCCCUCCCCAGAACCACCCAAGCCGAGACCCUACGCUCGCAAAUUCAAAACUCCUCUCAUGCUAGCAGAGGAGCGUUACCGCCAGCAGAGAAUGGAAAAAGAGGAGUUAGAUAAAAGUAGAGUUACAACUCCCACUUCACCACCAUUUAAUACACAAACAUUUUCUUCAGUAGCAAGCGCUGAGCAAACUAUGGUACAGAACACAGGGAAGGAGUCUGUAUCAGAAGUAAUAACAAAGACAGAAGAAACCAAGGUCACUUCUAAAGAGGAUGCAACUACACAAGAGAAAAGUGUUAAGAAAAGUCCUUCAAGUAUUCCUCUGAGUAAACCCUCUAUUUCAGUCGUAAAUAAGAAACUUGCAUCUCCAAAUCUAUCUUUAGAUAAGAAAAUCUUGUCUGAUAAAAUACAAGUUUCAUCUGAUGUCAUGAUUAAAAAGAGCCCUACCCCUCCCUCACCCAAAACUCCAGCAAUUUCAGCCUCACAGUCCCAUAGUGAAUGCCCCCAUACAGAAGUCCAGUCAUGUACUAAUGUGGUCACUUCUUCGGUCACGCAGCAGCAGCACUUUAUUAAGAAAUCCAGCACCAAGUCUAUCUCUGCCACACAGAGCGCUGUCCAGGAAAAUGUAAAUCUUCAAAGCCAGGCUGCGGUCACAUUGAAAGCCGAAGAUGUAAAGAAUAUUAAUGUGCCUCUGACACAAGAGGUAAAAAUGACUCCCUCACAACCCACUAAAAUCCCAAAGGUAACUCCAAGUUUCAAGGUGAAAACAUUUAAGAUGCCUGUGGAGAAAAAAGAGGAGAAAAAAGAGGAGAAAUCUGGCAGCGUGGCACAAAAGGAGUCAAUGAAAAGUGAAAUACAGCAAGAAAAAAGUCGCAUCAUACAGAAAAGUGAGACAAAGGUGAUUCAGGAAAGCAACCAGCAGAGCUCAGCAAAAAAUGAAAUGAGUAAAACUGAAGUCAAACUACAGGAGAAAAGUGAUCAGGUGAUCCAGCCUUCAAAUAAAGUAGAGGUGGAGGUUCAAGUGAAAAAGGGGAAAGAGAUCCAUAAGAAUGAGAACGAGGUUAGGCUGUCGCCAUCGGUUACAGUUUUAAUGCCCAAGGUGGCUAAGAUAACAGCAAGUCAUCAAGGCCAGAGCCACCCAGCUGCUGUCUCCCACAGUCAGCAGAGCGUGAAGGCCGAGCACGUUCAGAGACACGAGGAGGUGGUGGUGACAGAGAGAGUAGUGCAGAGGCAAGAGGCUGUUCAAACGCAAAAACAACAAAUAAAGCAGCAAGGAGUGGAGGCAAAUAAAAUGCAGAUCAAAGCAGCUAAGCUUAGAGGGGAGAGCAGGGAUAUUGUGAUGAAAGGGGCAGAGAAAACGACUCAGAAAGUUGAAGCACAGCCAGUUGAAAUGACAGAUUCAGAGAAAUGUAAUGCCAUGCAGAAGCUCCUAGUUCAAAUAAAAGAACUUGAGGCUGCGCCGAGUAAAAUCAACUCCCACAGUGUCACGCUCAUUAUAAACCAACUGCCCGACUGGAUGGUGAGCUCAGAUGAGAAAAGGAAUUUAGGAGAAAUUGCCAAACAACAAAACAAAAAGAAGCUAAGGGAGAUGGUGGUUUACAUAAAGACUAUAGUUAAUGCUAAGCUCACGUUUUUUGAGGAAAGCAUAACAGUUGAGAUACAAAAACAAGAAAAAGAGGCCUCACCUGCACCUCCUCCACCCCCUCCAGUGCCUCCCAAACCAGAGAAAAGUUUCAGUGGAGCUAAGAUUUCAAAAAUCAGCAUUGGCUCAGCAAAAAGUGAAAAAAAAGUAAGUCAAGAGAAAAAAGUUGUACAGGAAACAAAAGUUCAUCAAGAGGUCAGUGAGGUGGCUAAGGCUGAACAUAGAGUGUCCUCUCCUCUAGCCAGCAUCCGCACUCCGUCUCCAACUUUCAUUAGUAUUGAAUCGAGAAGAACAGACUCUCCCCUCCGGGUGACCCCAUCUCCUCCUCCGUACAAAUCUGUUGGGACACCCCCACCCCCACCACGUAAGACCUACACACCCACAUUAGCCAGAGCUUCUCCUUCUCCCACCCUGAGCCGCUCUGAGAAACUGAUGAAACUUAGAGACACCACCUCUAAGCUGUCCCGUGGAAUCACACCUCCGCCUCCAAUGCCUGUACCAGAGUGUUUUGUGGUUGAAAGAGAGCGCACCUCCUCAUUUAGUGACAGGGACACCCCCACAAGGAGCGAGCACGGACUAGUGGACACGACUGAAAUGGUGGACUCCAUGAUGACUGUGAGAGACAAGAAAAGUUUUUUCGAGGAAGCGCAGAAGGCAGAAGUAAGUAGGAUGUAUGUUAGAAAGGAUCCAAUUGAUAUCCCUGAACGCCUUGGGCCUGAUACAGAAGAGAGUAGUGUAUCUGUGCCUAUUGAGAUUUUUAAGGAGGAUCUCCCCAGAGUCGACUUGUCUAAACUUGUGAAUCGAUUUGAAUCUCCAAAACUAAAAAGGUACCACAGAAAAGAGCCCAUUGUGAUUGCAGAAAGACUUGGGAGUGAUCCAGAUGAAGUAGAAACCGAAGUGCACACACCUAAAACUGAGGAAAUACCCACUUUCAAUGUUAAAGCGAUAAAAGAUGUGUUUGAAACUGGAGAGCACAGUUCACAGGCAGCCAGAGAACUCCGGGAGCAGAUUGAGAGGCGCGAAACAGAGCCAGUGGGCCACUCCGCUGCCACAUCUGUCACUGAGCAAUUCUGCAGCAUUGACGACUUUGGAAAUGUGACGAGGGAGACAAGGGGUGCCACAGAGAUGCACUGCGAGAGCUCGGUCACCCGCGGCAACCCUCCGUCCUACGCUGACGUGGUGAGAGGCAAAGUGGCAGAAAUGGCGUUGCCCCAGGACGCCUCCACUGAAGAGCUGCUGAGGAACUUCCAGCAGUCAUGGGCCCAGAGCCAGGGAGUGUUCCAGAAUCUAGACUUCAGCGUCACCGAGCAGAGGAGUUCCCAGAUAGUGACGCAUCAUCAGCAGGAGACUGUAGUGACGGAGUCCGAACUGUGCAGGGCAUGUCGGAAGAGAGUGUACCCCAUGGAAUCGCUGAUCGCAGACAAACAAAACUUUCAUAAGAGUUGCUUUCGCUGUGAACAUUGCAAGGGAACUCUAAGCCUUGGCAACUAUGCCUCUCUCCAUGGACGAAUGUACUGCAAGCCACACUACAAGCAACUGUUCAAGUCCAAGGGAAAUUAUGAUGAAGGAUUUGGACAAAAGCCACAUAAAGAAUUGUGGAAUAACAAGAACCAGCAAAAUUCAGCAGAGAUGUCCAAAGUUAAAUCUCCAUCAACGCAAAGGAAACAUGUGGAUUCAAAAUACUCAAGUCAUGCCACCACUAGUGUAGUCAGCCAAGAGAAUGGUGUGAAAGCAGGGGAUGAAAACAGAAAACCAGCCUCUAAGAUUUCUGUGGUUUGGCCUCCUCAGACAGAUGAGCCUAAGAAAGGAUUCUCAGUGGAGGACGAGUUAAAACUGGUUAAGCCUUCAUGGCCCCCUAAAGAGGAAAAUGCUCUCCCAAAUCAACCUGCUCAACCUUCAUCAAGACAGACACGGGCACAAAAUGACAGCAGCACUGUAGCAGAGAAAGGGAAGGCUGAAGAUGCUCCGGCGGCCCUUCAGAAUGUAGCAUCGGAACAAGUGAGUAAUUCUACCACUCAGCAAACUUUAGAGUCAAACAGUCACAGCCAGACUGGGGCACAAGUGGGCUCCCAAAUGGACUCUGAAGUGGCGCCUGGAGAAGAGGAGAAAGAACAAAGUAAAGUGAAUGAGACUGGAGAUGGGGUUGACAAGACACAGGUGAAAAGUGCAGAGGAAGUACGAGUGAAUGGACACGGAGGAGAGGAGUCCGAAAAGGAAAAGAUGCAGGAAGUGACGCAGGAAGUGACAAAUGAUAGUGAGGCUGUCAGAGUCACAGUAAUAGAUCAGGAUCAAGCUAAUGUUAAUGCUAAUAACAAUAAUAACAAUUUGACAAUGUCAGAAUUUGAAGACCUGUUUGACGACUUCCCUACAAGUGACAAUAAUGAAACGCAGUCGCUCUACAUGACAAACAGUGAUUUUGAUUUUUUCCAAACCAUUGACUAUGAUGAUUCAAAAUGGAUGCCAACUGAAGUGCUGCAAUUGGCACAGAGGGAUGACGCCUUUGUGCCAGCUAGUGCCAAACACUCUGACGCCACAGACUGCUUUUCGCACUCUAAUUUCUUUGGAGAGACAGACAAGGGAGAGUUAUUUUUCCAAAACGAGGCCACGGAGCCAAAGAUUAGCUCGCCCAGCUUCCUUGAGGACAUUUUCGCCGGCCUAAGUACAAGCAGCUCUGGCACGCUAUCUGAUGCAAAGCCUGACAUCAGUCAAUCCGCUGCUGAGAAGCCUAGUGUUUCAGCACUGGACGACCUUCUGGACUUGGGGAUGGAUCUGAGAGGGAGCACAGACAAAGAGCAGGCUGUCAGGGGCAGAGAUGACAGUUCAGUCACCAACGAUGACCCCUUCUCUCUGUGGGCUGAUGACAAUAGCCUGACAGUGGAGGAGCAGAUCAAGAGGAACAGAUACUAUGACGACGAGGACGAAAACUCAUGAAUUCUACCCACUUACACCUUAAAGGGCCCAUAUUACACUAUUUUCUGAUCUAUGUUUUAGUGUUGUUUCUUUAUCACAAACAUACAUGGAGUUUUGUUUUGUUUCUUUCAGACAUGUUUAUCUCACAAAACCUGUAUAUUUAGGUCAAGUUUUUCUCUCAAUUAGAAAACAACCUGUUCCACUUGGUGAUGUCAUGUGGUAAUACAGGUAGUGCUUCACUGUGUUUUUAAAUCCACUCCCCUUUUCUACAAUAAUCUGGAUGAUUUAAGGCCUGGAAUUGCCAAUCUUUACUGACAAAAGGGUUAAAGGUAGCUGUUAACUUGAAAACCUACCACUACAUGAUGUCACAAAGGGGCCACAGAGUAUUUUGAGCUGUAGAGAUGUAGACAGACUAAUAAUGCAGGAUUACUCAAACAUGUUUGAAUAUAACAAACACAUGUUUUUGAUGAUGUAACAACAUUAUCACUAAUCCAUUGACCACAUAACUACAUACAUGUCCAUGGAGAGAUUACAUGCUCUGAUUUUAACAAGAUGUAGUUUUUGUACUGUUUUCAUUUGAUAUAUUUGCCCCUUUAUUCUAUGUUUAGCUGUUUGAUGUUAACUGAAUGCACCUGGUGUGCAGAGAAUAACUACAUUGGAUGUACCUUUUAUGUGCCUGGCUACAUUUCUAUAUCGCUGCCUUUACAAAGCUUUCUAAUCAGGGUAUUUUUCCAUAAGGAAUACAUAGAAUCCACAUUAAUUGCAGACUGUGUUUUCUGGCUUUGAACAAAUAGCUAUCGGCUUUUCUUUGACUCUCAAUAAAGGUUUUUCAUUUA